CUUGAAGAAAUAAAGUUUGAAAAGUUGCCUAAUCUAGUUUCUUUAGACAUUAGGAAUAACAAUUUUGCCAAGAAUGACUUAUCUUUUUUUGAGAAAUUUACCAAAUUAGAAGAACUUUACUUAGGAAACAAUGAUGGCAAAAAAAUCAAAGCAGACUAUUUGAUAGAAAAUGAUAUAGAAGAAAUUUAUUGUUCUGCUGAGGAAAGAGAUACAAGUUCUUUAAGCGAAAUAAUAAAGGAGUUAAAAAAAGAAUCGAAUGAAGAAUAUCCUAAAAAUGGGGCAUGUCGCGGAGUUUUUAGUUUAGAAGAUAAAGGUAAAGAAAGAAAAGACGUUGAAGAAUUAGAUAUUAGCGGGGAGGAAUUAAAGGGCAUACUAAGUUUGGACGGCUUUGACAGCCUGAAAUACUUAGCUUGUCGCAACAACCAACUAACUGAAAUUGACCUGCGUGCUUGUUCAAAAUUGGAGGGCGUUGAUUGUCGAAACAACAAAUUGAAGAGUUUGCUGCUUAGUGCGGGUAUGAAGUUAAAAGAAUUUAAUGGUUCUAACAAUGAAUUUACUGGCAUAGAAAGCAUUUGUAACAGCAUGAACCCCGAAAGCCUGACUUUUUUCGACAUUAGUGAUAAUAAAAUUUCUGAUAGUUGUAGAAUUGAUAUUUUUAAUAAGUUUCUUAAAUUAAAGAGUUUAUACAUUGGUAAUGAAAAAGGAGAGGGGAAUGAAUUUAAAGGGUCAGUGCAAGAUUUAAAAAAUUUGAAAGAGUUGUUUGAUAUUGAUAUUACUUGCACCAAAAUUAAGAUCGGAAAUUUUAACGAACUACCAGAAAAAUUAGAAGAGAUUUAUUGUAACAAAAAUGAGUCUAUUUCUGAACAAGAAUCGGAGGAAAUGCUAAAAGAUUUAGAAAGUUACUAUAUCGGAAGGGAUAAGUUUUAUGACGUAAGAGCAUGGCGUGAUGGGAAACCGAGGGAUAUUAAAAUAAAUAAGAUAGUAAAAGUUCCACUUCUUUCAGAAAACAAAAGUAGACAUGAUAUAAGCAGAAUUGAAGAAAAUUAUGAUUUUAAAAAAGUAAAGUAUGAUGAAGAGAACGGAGCAGUUUAUCCAUUGGAGACAAAUUUUGAGUGA